CUCCUCAGUCACAAAGACACGGAUGUCAACUUAAUGGACGAUGACGGGCGAAAUGCGCUUGAUUUCGCGAUGGACAACAUGUUCGGGCACGAUGAAACAAUUGUUAAACUUCUAAAAGAAAAAGGCGUCGUCUCUCAAACUGUAAAUUGCCUUAACGACGAAAAAGUCGAAAAUGAUGUAACAUCCGAGCAUAUUGUGGAAAUGCUAGCAGGCGCAAUCGUAGAUUCGGACGUGAAAUUUGUUCGUUUACUGACACAAACCGGAACAGAUAUUAGCACUGUGUCUUGGGGAGAAGGAGGAUGGAAUGCACUUCAUAAAGCAUCGACCGUUGCAAAGACGACGGACAUACUUGACGUCAUUCUGGAAACCGGUAAAUUCGACAUCAAUUAUCGUGACGAAGAGGGCAGAACUGCUCUUCAUUUCGCAUUAAAUGCCAAAAACAUGACUACUGCUCGCUAUUUGCUGGAAAACGGAGCCGAUCCCACAAUUCGAGACAAGAAUGAAGUCACUCCAUUUCACUUGGCGGCCAGUCAUGCAACAACAACUGACAUAAUCAAGCUGAUCCUGAAAGGUUCCCUAGUCGAUAUUAGUAGUCGUGACGACGAUGGAAUGACCACUCUCCAUUACGCAAUAGAGGCCAGCAACGUGAUUACUGCUCGCUACUUGUUGAAAAAAGGAGCCGAUCCCACUAUCCGCGACUACAACGACUAUUACACUCCAUUUCACUGUGCAGCAAUUAACAGCAAAGAGUCCGAUAUGCUCGAUCUACUUCUGAAAAGUGAGUACGUUGAUAUCAAUGAAACUAGAUGUCGACGGGGAUCAACUGCUCUUCAUUUCGCAAUUACAGCAUCCAACCUGACAGCAGCACGCUUCCUGUUAGAAAAAGGAGCCAACCCCAACGUCGUUGAUGAGAAUGGACUCACUCCACUCCAUGAAGCGGUAUUUCUUGCUAAAGACAUGGACAUAGUCGAACUGCUCCUCAAUCACAAAGACACGAAUGUCAACUUAUUGGAAAACUCAGGAAACAAUUCGCUACACUACGCAAAGUACAACAAGCACGGACUAAGUGAGGGAAUUGCCAAUCGAUUGAAAGAAAAAGGCGCCAUCAGUGUCGAAGAAGAAAUAUUUCAAGAUAAUUUGCUUGACGAAUACUCAGGGGAAGAGACCAACGAUGAGAAUAUGGUAAAUAAGGCAGUUCUAAACAUGGCAAUCGUAGAUUCGAACAUGGUAAUGGUUCGUUUUCUGAUAGAAACAGGAGCCGAUAUUAGCACUGUGACAUGGGGAGAAGAAGGAUGGAAUGCACUUCAUGCGGCAUCGAUUGGUGCAAAGAAGACAGAACUACUUGACGUCAUUCUGGCAACCGGUAAAUUCAACAUCAAUGAUGCUGACGUAAAUGGAAUGACCGCUCUCCGUUUAGCAUUAGGUGCCGAAAACAUGACCACUGCUCGAUACUUGCUGGGAAAAGGAGCUGAUCCCACUCUAAGUGACAAUGAAGGCAUUUAUCCACUUCACUUGGCGGCCCGUUUAGCAACAACAACUGACAUAAUUAGUCUGAUCCUGAAAGGUUCCCUAGUCGAUAUAAAUAGUCGUGACGUCAGUGGAAUGACCGCUCUCCAUUAUGCAACAGGGGCCAGUAACAUAAUCACUGCUCGCUACUUGCUAGAAAAGGGAGCCGAUCCCACCAUACGCGACAAGAAUGAAGUCAGUCCAUUUCAAUUGGCAGCAAUGUUCAGUAAAAACUCGGAUAUUCUCGACUUACUUUUGGCAUACGAAAAAAAAAUUAAUAUCGACGAAAGGAACAACGCUGUUGGAAUGACUGCCCUCCACAUGUCAAUUAUGUACUCCAACGUGACUGCCGCUCGCUUCCUAUUAUCAAAAGAAGCCAACCCCAACGUCGCUGAUGAAAAUGGAGUCACUCCACUUCAUUUGGCGGCAACGUUGGCAAAAGAUAUGGCCAUUGUCAAAUUACUCGUCAACCACAAAGACACGAAUGUCAACUUGUUGGACAAUAAAGGAAACAAUGCGCUUCAUUACGCAAUGGACAACAUGCACGGGCUCGGCGAAGAAAUUGUCAAUCUGUUGAGGAAAAAAAUGGCCGCGAAGGCAGAAGGAAGCAACUACAAACCGAAGAAAAUUGCGGCAUUGGUACCAGGUCUCAUCGAAGAAGAUUCGUACGUGAAAACGAUUCGCUUCUUGAUAGAAAAUGGACAAGAUGUCAGCGCAUUGACGUGGGGAGAAAACGGAGCGAACGCACUUCACCUGGCGGCAGCUAAUGAAGAAACGACUGAACUCAUCGACAUCAUACUGGAAACCGGGCAAUGCAAUAUCAACGGAGUUGACAGCGACGGAAGGACGCCACUCCAUUACGCAAUUAACAGACCCGACCCUGUUACAAUCAAUGCUCGUCGUCUGAUCAAAAUGGGAGCCAAUACCAACAUUGCUGACAAGAACGGAGUCACACCUCUUCACAUGGCGGCGAGAAAUGCAGAAACGAUGGACCUCAUCGAGAUUUUUCUCAAAACUGAGAAACUGAAUGUUAACGACUACGACCACAACGGACUUACUGCUUUCGCUUAUGCUCGAUCCAACAAACACGGACUAGGACAGAGGAUUAUCGGUCGUCUGAGGGAAUCUGGCGCAAACGAAUGGUAAGAAUUUAUAUUCUGUUCUUAAUCUAGUUUCUUCCAACUCCUAAAUAGGGAAAUCUUGUGAAAAAUGAUGCUGGCAGUAGCAACAUUUACAAAAAUAACAACAAAAUGACUUUUUAAAUCGGCAUUCCUUUAUAUUG